GUGUCUACUCGCGUGUGGAUUUUUCUUGAGUGCAUACUUGUCUCCUUUUUAUUACCAAGAAAUAAGUAUAUAGGCGUAUAUCCAAGUAUAUCGCCGUACCCGCCUGUCUCCUACUUACCGGCACGCGCAUACGCACACAUCGUUGCGCUACACACGAUGACUUCGGUCCAGAGUUUGCCGCGGUUUCGACCGCAUCUCCCGGCCAACAAGAUAAGCAAGUCGAAAGCGCGCAAGGCGGUGAAGCCAAUUCUAAAGAGGCUAUCCACGCAAUCUGAGAAGAACUCGCUCGACUUGGAUAGGGGUUGCGCGGACACGGAUGGUUACUAUGGGAGCCGGGACAGUUGGGGGGGUUACGAGCAGACAGCUAAGGAAACGAGCAUCACUUUCAACGAGGCAGUUGACACUCGCCGGUACAACAACAGUCAUUCCAGGUCGAUUAGCGGCGCCAGUCACGUCUCCGUCGCAACCUCCGGCAGCUCAAGUCGUCGCCAGGUCGGCGCUCCGUUCGUACACCCCUUCCAGCAAACGCCUCGCACGUCCACCCCGCCAUUGUCGUAUGCCAAUUCGCUCGCCUCCUUUGUCGACAUCACAGAGGACGACGACGACGACGAGAACAACGCCGACGCCAACAAUAGCAACAGCGAGGAUAGCACCUAUACUCAUCACAAGAACCCCCUCCACAUACACCCCGUAAACCCUCUUUCCCACUCGCAGCCCAGCUUAGGUCCGCAACGCCCGUCUCUAACGGCGAGCCAACGUACUGCGUCUUUCGACGCCAAAAAUGCACACACCUCCGCGCCUCGCGCUCACCAUCAGCCGAGUCUGAAGAUAAACACCUCGCGGGCCGCAGCCACGCCUACGCAAUCCUCGCGUCUGGUCAACGUCUCAAGCCGGUCCGAGCUCGACCUCGAUCGCAUGCUGGACACGCCCAUUUCGCCGUCCAAUGCCGCUUCAAAUCAUAUCUCAUCGCCGGCUAGCUCUACGGCUCCGAUGUCUCCGUUGCGAUCUUCUUUUGACGCGAGCGGGUUCCCGCGCCUGCGCGCCAAAUCUGACCUCGAUACCGCAACCCGCGCUGAGCACGUGAGAGAGGCCCGCCGCAAGUUCGUGCUGAAAGAGCAGAUAAAGGAGGAGAAGUAUGCGCGGGAGGAGAUCAAGCGACGCGAGCGUGCCGACAACAAGCGCGCCCUCGAGAUGGAGAAGCAAGCGGCGGCGAUAUACAAGGAACAGAUGGCGGUCAAGGCACGUCAAGAGGCGGCCGAGCUGCAGGAGGCCAUCUCCCGCGGGAAGCACAGCCGGAAGUACAGCAUGGCGAGUAGCAACCGCCCUAGCUUGGCCAUAUCGCGGACGAGCAUGUCUCGCCCAGGUACUUCGCGGAGGAAUACGGCGAGUCCUCCGGCGGAUGCCGAGAAGUUCGCUAGCAGCAACUACGACACCGUGGACGAGAGCAGCCCGCUCUCGUUUGACGCCGAGACUGGGGGCGCGCAGAGCGUCGUCUUCCAAUCUCCCAAGCGAAAGAACACGGCCAAGAGGAAGACUCAAAGCACCUGGACAAUGUUUAUCUUGUGGUUGAGGACCAAGCUGCUCCGGGCGAGCAAAGGCCGUUAGGACAUGGCCUCCUUCCCGCUACGAUCUCCCGCCAUCUGGUGGCGU